CCGCGGCCGGCGCCAGCCCGCUCGCCCGCCGGCAGAGAACGCGCGGCCUCGGGGGUCUCCGCCCCAGCCCUGCCCGGAGCCAUGAACCCCAACUGCGCCCGGUGCGGCAAGAUCGUGUACCCCACGGAGAAGGUGAACUGCCUGGAUAAGUUCUGGCAUAAAGCAUGCUUCCACUGUGAGACCUGCAAGAUGACACUCAACAUGAAGAACUACAAGGGCUACGAGAAGAAGCCCUACUGCAACGCACACUACCCCAAGCAGUCCUUCACCAUGGUGGCUGACACCCCGGAAAACCUCCGCCUCAAGCAACAGAGCGAGCUCCAGAGUCAGGUGCGCUACAAGGAGGAGUUUGAGAAGAACAAGGGCAAAGGCUUCAGCGUGGUGGCAGACACACCCGAGCUCCAGAGAAUCAAGAAAACCCAGGACCAGAUCAGUAACAUAAAAUACCACGAGGAGUUUGAGAAGAGCCGCAUGGGCCCCAGCAGCGGGGAGGGCUUGGAGCCUGAGCGCCGAGAUUCCCCGGACAGCAGCAGCUACCGGCGGCCCCAGGAGCAGCAGCAACCUCACCACAUCCCAACCAGUGCCCCAGUUUAUCAGCAGCCCCAGCAGCAGCCGGUGGCCCAGUCCUACGGUGGUUAUAAGGAACCUGCAGCCCCGGUCUCCAUGCAGCGCAGCGCCCCAGGCGGGGGCGGGAAGCGGUACCGCGCCGUGUACGACUACAGCGCGGCCGACGAGGACGAGGUCUCCUUCCAGGACGGGGACACCAUCGUCAACGUGCAGCAGAUCGACGACGGCUGGAUGUACGGGACCGUGGAGCGCACCGGCGACACGGGGAUGCUGCCGGCCAACUACGUGGAGGCCAUCUGAGCCCGCCGCGCCGCCCCGCCCCAUCGUCCAGUGCAUUCCACGGCAUCGCAUCGUCCGGGCCGGACUGCCCGUCAGUGUCUGUUUUUUUAAGUCCGCGACAGCUUCUUUCUGCCCACCCUCCUCCUGCUUCUGCCAAGCGAAGCCUUGUUCUGCCGCUCCUGCGGGCUCCUUCCUCUGGCAGGUUUUCUCCUUGACCAACCUCUUGGUUUUCUCUCUGAAUGGAACAGGUGUGGGCCUCUCUGGGGGAGGGCUGGUCUGGAAUGGGGGACCCAUCAACUCCCAGGUCUCUGUCCUCUCUCUCGCCCACCCCUCAGACUUUCCCGCUGCCCUUCUCACACACUCAAACAUUCCAGGGCUGGUGAGCCCAGGCCCCCUGAGCCCCAGGGGGAGGGGCUUCCUACACUCCCACAGGGAUGGGGAGCAGGUGGGGGCGGCCUUUGUGUAGGGACCAGCGAGAGGGGCUUUGCCUCUGCUUCUCAAAGACGGGCCGCUGGGCCUCCCCACCCGCGCCUCUCUCCAGGACAACAGCGGAGGUGAAUUCUCGCCUCGGGAUGCAUUCAUCUCUCCCCGCACGUGUUCCUUCUCACACUGUGAUUCUGCUCUCCUGCCCGUGCAGGCCUCGUGUGGACAAGGAGCUCCCCGGGAAGCUCAGCUCGGGUUGUUCUUGCCUUUCUGACUGGGAGGGACAGCUGCAGGAAGGAGGGGGACAGGGUAUUCUCUCCGCCGCCCUUUUUCCUGAGUCCCACCUCCGGUCUCCAGGACCCCUGGCUUGGAGCUGCAGUCCUGAAAGGUGGGGCCAGGAAAGGAGCCUCCCAGUCUAUGCCAGCCCAGAGCCCCGAGAUCUGGGUCGGGUGGGCCACUCUCCCCUGCUCCUCACUGGAAGGCAAAGGGCCUGCCCAGGACCCUCCCCAGGAUGUGUGUGCGGGGGAAGGCGAGGUGGUGAGCUGGCGCAUGCCCUCCUGCAGGAGACCUGCCUUCCCCUGGAGUUUUUCUGAAAACCCAGUGAGAGGAAAGGGCCCUGGGGAGAGAAGUUAACUUAUGUUUUCUUUGGAGUGAAAAUUCCUCCUCUUCCUCUGUCCCCCUAACAGAGGACGCCCACCUUUCCAUGUGCAAGGGGAUGUUGGGGCCUUGGCUUACGGUGUUGGGGGAGGCUCUGUGGCCCCAGGCAUGUUCUCUUCCCCAUCUCUGUCCCCUGGGCUGCAGAAUAGGGGGCCAGAGGGCCCUGUUCACCCAUACUGUGGGUGUCUCACUCCAGGGCCUCUCCCCCUAAAGCCCCCUAGAUGCAGAAGGAGAGCUUCCCAGGCCUAUAAAACUGGAAGCACAGACCCCGGAUGAGGAAGGGAAUGAUGGUGCUAUCUCCAAGUCCCUUGCUCACUCUCUGGUGGCUGUGACCCUCCUUGCCGGGCUGUCUUCAUCUCUGGGCUUUCUUGUCCCCCCUCACCCUGCUCUCAUUUUCACUGAGUCCAACCAGGCCCCCAGCCUACUUUACAUCCUGUGUCCUGCAGGGAGGGCGGGGGCUGAUGGUGCUGGCAUAGUCACAGUGUCCUGGGGGUGUUUUUACCAACUGCUUUUGAGUUUACUUGGGGACACAUCCCAAAUCAGAAGACCGAGGAAAUGACUGGAGGAGCCCCUGUCCCCCCAGUAUGUCUGCAUGGGUAGUGCAGACAUACUGGGCAAUGAGGGGGCAGGGAGGGAGCUGGUCUAUUCCUUUUCCUUUGAUCUCAAAGCACAACACAGAUUCUGGGACCAAAGGUCAGAGACACAUCCAGCUGAGGGCCUGCAGGGGAGGGUGUAAGGGCAGAGGGAGGGCCAAACAGCAGCCUGUUUUCUUUCGACUUCAUCUUUGAAAACAAGGCAAGCGGACCACUGGAAUCUUGCUACCAGCCCCUUACUCCUCCCAUCCUAAAAAUAGGGGAACUUUUCUGGUAAUCCCCAGAGAGAAGAGGGACUGUCACACUGGUGCUGAGGGACCCAGGGGCUGCUGGGAGUCCUUGUUCCUUUCCACAGUCAUCCAUCCCUAGAAGAGCACAGAACGCGGGCUGGGCCGAACCCCAGCCUCUCCUUAUAGUUCACGGUUUAUUCCCAGGAAAGGAGAGGAGUCAAAGCUAGACUGUGAAUAUAACUUUAGUGGAACAAUAAUAAAAGGCAAGAAGCCCAAUGGUGAGAAAAGUGAAUUCUCUCAACACUGCUUCCUGUUUUCUUCCUCAUGUCCCUCCAGGGAAAACUUGGUUGCUUAAUUUCUGCCUUUUUUCCCUCACAUAUGCACUUUUGGGCCCCCUCCUUUCUUUUUACUAGCUGGAAAAAAAAAAAAACCACCCCACAAACCUGUAUUUAAAAAGAAACAAAUAACCAUGUGCGAUUUGUGUCCAAACAUUUCAUCGUGUGUGAAGCCGUCCUUUCAUCUUUCUACUUGGGGUGGUUGUCCUUUCUUGAUCUGUUUUGGUCCCCUCCCUCGUGGGCCUGUGCUUGGGAAUCAAACCUUUCUGGAUUAGGAUUCCGAACAUUUGACUUGGACCACAAGUGAAUCUUUCUCCUGGUGACUCAAAUAAAAGUAUAAUUUUUACCUGCGGACUUGGUUUUCUCCCUGGCUUUG